AUGAAGAUCUUUUAUUAUCUUUUUCAUUUUCUGUGUUAUGCGACCUUCGUUCUACCAGGUAAUAGAUGCUUCUGGUCCUUGGUGGAUCCUGAACGAUGCUCAAAAUUGUACGGUCAAUGUAAGAGACGCUGUCCUAAAUAUGAAAAGCAAAUUGAACUGUGUUUGUCACCAAGUAAGGUUUGCUGCAUUGAGAGGUCAUUCGAGGAUAAUUGA